CCCUACGUGUGUUUCCUGUGUGCGUCGCUUAAAACAAUCCGUGUAGAAACAAAGCUCAAUGACUAGCUGUGGUACGUAACUGGCGGUGCUCAUACAGACGUUCAGGUGUUACACUAACCUGCCGUGUUCGGCUCAUUCUGGACAUGUAGUUUAUUGCACCCGAACCCGUUACAAUUUAGUUUCUGGUAUACAAUGAACUUCUUAUUCCUAAAUAACGACAUGCAACUUUGAAUGCGGAGACAGAAGACUGUUUAAAACAGUUGCUGUUUGUGUUGCAGUGGUGAAGAUAAUUUGCCUUUAUCAGCAUGUCUUACUUGGAGUGGGCAGAGUCUCAGCUUGCCGAGAUAGAGCUGCUGACUAGCAUGUUUCCCACCCAGGAGGAACUGGAGAUGACAGACCAGCUGGCCCUCGCUGAGCUCAGGGACUAUGUGGAGUGUUCAGAUUCAACAGACAGCCCUCCACCUUCAAGACCUCAGUUUCUCAUCAAGCAGAAGCUGGACACUACGGAUGUCAUUCUGUCCUGUGCUUAUCCGUCCGAAUAUCCCAGUGUGUUACCAGAGAUUACAGUCCGGUGUGCUGGUCUCAGCAGGGCCCAGCAGACACAGCUCCACACAGAUCUCAACACAUACCUCGUGGGAAACUGCCAGGGGGAAGUGUGUGUGCUCUCGGCUGUGGACUGGGUGAAAGACAACCUGCAGCUCUUCAUUAAUAAGAGCUUAUCAGCAGCAGCAGCGGCUCCCAAGAAAGAGUCUGACUCUCCACGGCCACAGGAAGUGUUCAGCCGACUGUGGAUUUACAGUCACCACAUCUACAACAAGGUGAAGAGGAAGAACAUCUUGGAGUGGUCCAAGGAGCUGGGCCUGUCAGGGUUUAGCAUGCCUGGGAAGCCUGGUAUUGUGUGUGUGGAAGGUCCCCAGUAUGCCUGCGAGGAGUUCUGGUCCAGAGUGAAGGUUCUGACAUGGAAGAAGAUCAUGAUUCGACAUAGAGAGGAUGUUCCCCUUGAUCGCCAGGGCGAGGACAGCAGGACUGUUGAAAGUAUUGACUCCUUGCGCAAAUUCACAGGCUUUGAAGAGGCGAUGUUUGACCCCCAUGGGAACAGAGGUAAUCACAUGGACCUUGGGCAGCUCUACCAGUUUUUAAAUGAGAAAGGCUGUUGUGACGUCUUUCAGAUUUACUUUGGCAUUGAAGGGAGGUAGUGGUCAGACCUAGAGAAUAAAUAUACAGGGUUAUUUGACUGGUGCCUUGUCAUUGAAGUCAAUUCUCCUGAAAGUAAAUGUUGACUCAUAAAUGGAAAUGCAUUCAGUAUCAUUUUAGCUGUUAUUUGUCUCACAUGCAAGCACACAAAUGGAUUGUGAGUGUGUGUUCACAUGUCUGAUGUUUUUAUGGAUGUUACUGAGCAGUUACACCUGGGACCUCAUCCAAAUUCAAGACAGCGACAACAUUGCUGAAAUCUGAGAAACAGAGUUCUAACUCCUUUUUGAAAAACAGACAUAUAUUUCAAAAAGGAGCAUUAAAACAGUGUUUUACUGAGGGUUUUCUCAAGGUCCUCAGUUUUAUUUGCAAUUUUAAUACUCCUGCAUGUGCUGCAGAUCACACCUUGCCCUAGGUGUUUCUUUCCUCAAUUGGCAUCAGUGUGUAUUACAGGAUUUUCAGGUCUCAUGCCACAUUAAUAAUUGGACAACAUAGUCAACAAUAUGCUUCAUAUCUGUUUAUGAAAUCUGUUGAUUUUCCUCCUAUGAAUUAUAGAUAAUACAACCA